AUGCUCUCGAAAUUAACUCCCGUAAUACUGUGCUUUAUCUUACAGUUUCUAUCUGAGCAGAAGGCUGUUAAAGCAGCCCAAGUCGACCUGACUCCGCCGACGAGAGCAGAUUUUGCCACUUGCACGCUAACAGAGGAGUUUAAAGAGUCGUUUGUGGACGAACAUAACAGACAUCGGUCACAUGUGCAACCCCCUGCUGCAGACAUGGAAUACUUGGUGGGUGUUUAAUUAAAGUUCAAUUUUUUAAAAAAAGCUUUGAAGGGUAACAUCUUAUUUAUGCGAGUCGCUUAAGGUACAUCAAAGUCAGAUUCGCUGGACCGCAUUUGCGUCAAUUGACACUAUUAGAAUGCAAAAUUGAUUUUUACUAUUACAACGAAAGUUUUAAACGCCCAAUAUCUGGUGAAGUUUAUUAUUUAUAUAUUCUUGGACCCCGCACGAGAAAAAACAAACACAUUUAUCGUGUGCCAUCGUUACGUCAAUUUUAUUGACCUUUCUCUCAUAGGCUAAGGCAAAGCGUGACCAAGAAUUUUCUAAUGAAAUCAGUCGGUAACUUCAUUUCCUCGAACUUUCGAUCGGACCCAUCAGGGUAGCUAACACUUUCGGAUGAGACGAAAAAGCCAGCUAAAACUUUCGAGACGACUAAAGUGCCCCUAAGACAUCUGAACAGCUAAAAAGGCUUUUUAAAUUUAUCAGACAGGCAAUUCUGACGUAUUUGGAAAAUUCGGUCAUUGCGUCCAAUUGUAGCCUAAGCAGCCGGCGCUUGAGAGGAUGAUAUGGCCUAAGAGAAAUAUUAUCCUUCUGAAACGGAUAGGUCAUUUCAAGAAUGCAUAUCCGGCGUUUAGAUGUUAUCAGUACGUCUUAUACACGUGCUGACAGACGUAUGAUUCGUUCCUAUUUUUUUUUUUAUCUUAACAAAAAACGAAGACUGAUUAUAUUACGUUUUGACUUAGUAGGCAUGGUACCUCACCUUUUGAAUCAUCCUGCAUGUCAUACUGAUGUUCUUUUCAAAGAACAGGAGGUUUACUUACCGGUUAGUUGCUGUAUUUGGUACUGUAAAGGUAGAUUAACACAGCGUACAUAUACCUUUAUUACAUAUGGUAUUAGAGUAAGCGUUACUCCUCAUCGAUUAGGGCUGCCUUUUAGAAAGGGAGGAGACCAUCCGUGAGGCUGAAGUAGGACUCCCCCGCGCCUUGCCUUACGUCAAAGCUAAAAAAAGCCUCAGAAAUUAUAUGUAACUAAGAAAAUUGGACUGGUUUGACCUUACUAAAGUACGUAUCAGUCCUUGAUAAAAACAAUUUGACUGAUCAAUAAUGCAGACCAAAAUUAAUUAUAUGCUGCCCUUCCCUUGUUUACUAAUUCUACCCUCCAUCCUUUUACCUUCAUCCCUCUUUCACUUCCAGAUCUCUUUAACGAGAAGCAUACAACAUUUUUAUUACUACUAACUUUCAUUAUAAUUCAAUUUUAUUUCUGACACUCUUAGUUCUGGGAUGAAAAUCUAGGAAAUUUGGCUCAGAUGUGGGUCAAUAAAUGUCAAUGGUAUCAUGGUUUCGUAUAUUUUGGUGAAGAAUAUCCACUUCCUUUGAAUUUGACAGGUAGAAUGGGUGAGUCUCUACAAAUUACUUGAAAACUUACAUAUCAUUCUGUAAUUAUAGUCGUUAAAUAUAAUUCUUUAAUCAGGCCUGCCUGAGGGUUGUGCAUGCAGAGUUAACAAAAAUAGCGGACGAUGUCAUCACUACACAAAGACGUAAAUAACCAAAUCACUGUCCAAAAAAGAUGAGCAAAAAAUCCAACUUAAUGGAUGUCAACUGUUUUUAAGCGUAGAAGUUCCCAGAGCGGUCUGGUUUUGGGAAAAUUCUUCUUAAAGAAAAGAAAUUAAGGCUAUUUGAAAAUAUUUUUUCAUGGAUACAAACAAAAAUUAAAUUCUGCGCUUGAAUUAGGAAUUAUGCAUAGCUCGGAGGGUGCACGACCGCCAAGGCCACCCUCCAAGUUGCUUUACCUUAUUCUUCCCUUCAUACUCAGCCUCAUUUAGUAGUUGUUGAAAACCCAUACUGCAUGUAAUCUGUAAACAUAAAAAAGUCAUGCGUUCCUCCGUAAUAAAAAAAAUUUCUUUUUAAUCACCGAUGAAGGGUGAGCUAUAAUACACAAGCAAAAUCAUCGUAAAAAUUCACGGUUCUCGUAAGUCCCCGCGCUUUAAAUGUGAACAAACUAUCUCAUAAUCAGGUUUUGGGUUUUGAGGCUAUGUUCUCAUUUGAAGCCUGGUCACGAUGCGCGGAUACAAUGUGCAAUAGACCCUGUAUCCGGGUAUUAAAGGGAGCACCGAGUAUAAGCACACGGUUCUAAGUCAUUACUAGGCAGUCCAUUGCGUUGCAUACCCAUAACAACCUGCCACGCUCAAAUUUCAAACUGCCAUAAAAGAAGCAAACACACUUACAUAUCGGGUACCCCGGAAGUUGUGAACCCAGCACCAUUUCAGUUCUGCCGGUUUCCAGCCAAACAUCCGUGUUCGGGUACAAAGCGUGAAAACUUCGGAAUCCUUGAUUUCCAACGUUUCUGCUUGUCUAGGAUUUAUUUCUGCCGAAACAAAUUCUGAAUGUCAUGGACUCAUGUUAGGCCAACUGAAAACUGGGAUAUGACUGGCGAUCAAGUUUGAAAAUGUACCACACAAGAUUACACGUACCGAAUUUGGCAAUAGAAAUGGUCAACGUACCUGUACCAAUCGGUCCGUUGGUCAUUCCUCAUGAUCAAAAGUUACUGCUUUUCAUAGCUUAACAUAGUAGGCUGCCUCUUUUCUGAAUCGUCCUUAGCACUCUUUGCGUAGAUGUGUCCAAUGAACUUCAUGUUGCUCUGUCAAAUUGUAUUUGUAAGUGAUCUUUUCACUCUUACAGAAUUUAUUAUUUUCUGGUGUAUAUGAUGUUGUUUUUAAAAAUUUCCGCUCAUGAUAUAUUCUCAGAAAUGGAUGAUUUGGCGAAAGGUACUGUCAAACGAUCAUGUGUUCUAACCGAAGUUUGCAUUUAAUUGAGCCACGCCUUAUAAUACUUGAGAUAGUUUUCGAUGCUAUUAAUCUCUCGAAAACUCCUGAUCCUCUCUUAGACACCCUUUUAGUACUUCCACGACAGGGUUUUAAAAAUUAAUUUAUGUCUGAUUAUCUUAAGGUCAGAAUCUCGCUCGACAAACUUACAACCUUCCAGAUCCAACGACCCCCGUAAAGGACUGGGACAACGAGGAAGGAAACUUUGUAUACGGAAUUCAAAAUGGCUAUUGUAAGAAUCCACCUUGUGGGCAUUACAUUCAGGUAAAUAGCCAACGACAAGUUGAAUUUUUUUUUUGCUUUUAUCAAAGAAGGAUUGCUCGUUGAUUUUACUGUUACUACUGUCGUAAAGGUUUCCAUGAGAUGCUGUCGCUAUAUCUUUGACCACAUCUCAAUUUUGAGCAAAUAUUUCUAUUAACUAAUCCAACAAUUCUGAGAAAUAAGCCAGGGAAGUUUUUUAGUACAUAAUUCGGCCUCCAAGUUACCAUUGGAUUUCUGAAACGACGUCCGAACAAAUUAUACCAAAAAGUAUACCACAAAAUAAGCCUAUAUUUUUGUUUCUGUCCAAAUAAGGAAGAGGGCAAUCUUGGGUUCAAAUAGAGUUUUUCUGGUUUUUGUGGCAUUUCUUGAACAUUGUUUUGUUAAAUUACCAGCACCUUUUAAUUUGGAACAUGCAUCUUAAGGCAACCACGAAACAAGAUUAAGUUACACUGCUUUGCUCGUAAUUCCUUAUUACUUUUACAAUACUUUUACAAUGUUUGCUAUACAAAGUUUCUCUUAGCUUAUUGUCCUGUUGAAUCGACCACAUUUGUCCCAAGUUGUUUAAAGUUUGCAUCUUUCAUAGUUUAUUUACCAUGUCAACUCAUUAAUACUCAGGCCCCUUAAAAUUUACCUGGUAAAAGCACAGAACACAGGCCAGUUAAACAAAUCUUAUUAACUGCCGGUCUUCAGCUGGGUAAUAGCAGCUAAUGUGACGUUACGCUCAGUUAGCGUUCGCCGUUAUUAAGUUUUAUGCAACCGGUUCCUAGAAUCAUUGUUUACUUUUCCUCCAGUUAGCUUGGGCGAAAACGAAGUACAUUGGCUGCGCCGUCAACUUGUGCCCUAAUUUUGGUAAUGGUCAAAACACUGGUGGGUCAUUUGUUGCUUGCGACUACGAUAGGUAA